GUCCGGGUGGCUUCCCUCCUGCCCAAGUGCAGGGCUCGCCCUGAGGAGGGCGGCGUCUGCUGCCCGUGGACACGUGGGACAGUCCAGACCCCAGUGGCCCUGCAGGCUCUCUCAUCUCACUGGCCCGGUGGUGCCCGCCCUGCCCCCACCCACCCGCAGGGGCCCAGGUCCGAGGAGGAUGGACGCUGCCUGCGCGGUGAAGCACAGCGUGGUGGCCAGCCCCCUGGGGCAGAUCCGGAUCUCCGGGUGCCAGCAGGGUCUGCACGAGAUCAAGCUGCCGGCCGCUGGCCCCCCCGAGGCCCCCGCCCGUCCUGAGCCGCCCGGCCGGCCCGCGGAGACGGUGAAGCCCCUGACGGAGUGCGCGGCCUGGCUGCACGCCUACUUCCAGGAGCCCGCGGCCCUCCGGGAGCUGCCCCUGCCUGCGCUGCACCACCCCGUCUUCCUGCAAGACUCGUUCACCGGGCAGGUGCUGCGGAAGCUGCUGGAGGCCGUGAAGUUCGGAGAAGUGGUGUCUUACCAGCAGUUAGCGGCCCUGGCAGGCCACCCCAAGGCCGCGCGGGCGGUGGGCAGCGCGAUGAGAAGCAAUCCUGUCCCCAUCCUCGUCCCCUGCCACCGUGUGGUCUGCAGCGGCGGAGCCGUGGGCAACUACUCCGGGGGGCUGGGCGUGAAGGAGUGGCUUCUGGACCACGAGGGCAGCCUGGCGGCCCCCCCGGCCCCGGCAGGGGGCUCCCGUCUGGCCCGAACCCGGUGCGGGGCCCUGAGGGGCAGCAGCAGCUCGGAGUGUGCGGGCGGAGACUGAGCGUCUGCGGCAGGAGUGAGGGUGUGACGCGCCACCACAUUAAUGAAGCUUCUGUGUCCUGGGGACGUGUGUCCACCUCCCUUUGUCUGUUUCACCUUUCCCCGCAGAGCGAGGCCCCUCCUCGCGCCGUGUCCCCCCGUCCUGGUGUGUCGGACAGGGAUGGGGGUGGGGGGGGCACUGGGAGCAGGAGGGCCACCGCCCAGGAGGGAAGCAUCGGCGUCCAUGGGAACAGCUGGGCCCCGCCCAGAGCCAGCUGCAGCCCUGGGACCACGGCCCACGCCGCCUGUCCCGGCUGCCGCCCUGUCCCUCCCCCGAGAGACUGACCACCGGGCGUGGACCCGCCCCCUUUCCGGUGUGAAAGCUGGGGCCUCGGGGAAGAGGGCCGCUGGCGGGAACGGCCUCUGGGAGGGUUUCUAUUGUAGCUUCGUUUGCCCAGCUGCCGGGAAAGCUCGUGCCAGACGCAGCCACUGUGGUCUGUGUGGGUCGCUGGCGAGGACCUGGUCAUCAGAACCAUUGGCAGCAUCAGCCACUCUCGGGGCGAGGGGCAGGCUGGGGCUGGAGGGCGCCUGACUGAGGGGUGUGAUUUCACAGGCUGACCCCCGACCCCGCCCUGCUCCUGGCCUUGGCGCACUCCACCAGUGCCCGCAGGAGAGCCUCAAAGCCAAGGUCACCCUGGAAGGGGGUCAGCUCCUUUGGCCGGCACCAGGAGCACCCCCAGAUCUGUGUGCCACCUGGGCCUCUGGUACCUGUGUGCAUCUUGCUCGUCAUUAACUGUGUCUAAAAGCAGGGGCCCAGGGCUGUGUGUGGUACAUAACGUGGGGAUGUGAUUCCCGGGAAAUGGCUGCGCCCCGUGCCCCGGAAGCCGUAUUCCCGUCCCGGCUCCCUGUGACCGCGUGAGCCGCAGCUCAGGAGCGUGAGUGGUUUGUGUCUGUCACCAGGAACCGGGUAAAAAUGCAGCCUCGUCAUGUGCCGGUUGGGGCGGAUUGUGUGUUUCACAUCCACUCCCCACAGCAGAGCGGGCACCGAACGGAAACCAGCCUCGGGGCCUCCUCGCCCGUGGCCGUGGUUCCGUCCUUCUCCUCCGCCAGCCGGGCCCGGUCUGGGUUUUCCCUUCACGGAUAACGUGGCCUGAGCACCAUCCACGUGUGCCCUGCUGGCUCCGGCCUUCUCCGGACGUCAGCGUGGGAGCGAGCGGAGUCCUCUCCCCACGGCGGGCGGGCACACUCCUGGCGUGGCCCCGGGAGCCGGUCCCGCAGCCGUGGGCGCCGCGCCCAUUUCGGGCCCCACUCGGGCUUCCGGAACCGGAGGCGUGUGGCUUGUCCGACAGCUCCCUGUGGGAGCGGAGGCCGGUCCUGUUUCCAGCAGGCCGGGAAGACCGUCGGGGGCCGGGGGUGCACUUUGCAUCAGGGGGUCGUGACGGUGGUUGGGACCCACGUUUCCGGAGGAAGAGGCUGCUGCAGCGGUCACCUCUGCCUGUGCCCUCCGCUCCGACAGCGGGGAGCUUGGCUCUCAGGCAGCAGCUGAGGUGCGGGUUCUCGCUCGUGCUCUCCAAUAGAGGGCACCAUAGCAGUGCGCUAGGCUGUGGUCCGGAGGCCCCGGCCAGCCUGCCUGAGAGCGGCUGGAGAACGGUCAGCAGGUGGGACUCUCCGAGGGGCUGUGACCGGCCCAUGUGCCCGGCGGCCACCGGGGCUGCUGGCAGGGAGCAGGCCGCCCUGUGGCACCGUCAGACCCCGACGAUGCUCCAGAUGUCCACACGGCCGUGUGCUCUGCAUGGAGGCCGCCCCCUGAGCGGGACAGCGUGGCUCCCUGACACGGGGCAGCGCCCACUCUGACCUCCAGGCCCCAGGGGCGGGGGUCCGAGGAGGGGCCCUGGGCCAUCCCGGGCCGAGCAGCCACGCACACCUGCAGCGGUCGAGGGCCAAGCCCCUGCUGCAGCUCAGCCACGUGCAGCCAGGGACCCACCCGCACAGCCCCGCGCGGGCACCUGGACACUCUGCGGGGCCUGGCUCCGCCGGCCUGGGCCGUGCACUCAGUGCAGCACAGCCCGCACUCCGCUUCCUGUCUCCCUGGGCCCGCUCGGCCCUGUCAGACGGCUUGAUGCAUGCCCCGGGGUGGAGCUGACAAAGGCAGCGGCGGGCGCAUGGCGGGGCCGUGUACCGCUCCGAGGACAGGCUCGGCGGGGGCGACAUGAAAGCCGGGCGGUCGCCUGGAGCCGCUGUCGCUCAGCAUCGCGGCUCCGCUUACAAACACAAAGAGAAGGACAGGCACAGAGAAACACAGCAAACCUCCCAAAUGAAAAGCGUGUCGACACAAGGACGCUGUGUUCUCUGGCCUUGGCCGCGGGUCCCCCUCGUCAGUCCGUUUCCCGUCCCUCCCGCGCUCGCACGGGGACCCGCGGGCGGCGCACAGCUGGCAGCGCGAGGGCUGUGCCCGCCCAUUCCCAAAGACCAGAGAGCGGAAGGCUCGGAGAUGAUGUUUGUUCUUGCAGAACCGCACGUACUGAAGCCGGAGCCCUGGCUGGGCCUGGCCAGACCAGGAACAGGGGGAGGGGUGGCGUGAGGGUGGUUCUCGGCAGGGCACGGACGCAGGUGGCAGUAGGCGCCUGGCAGUGGAUCCCGCAUUGGGAGGUCUGACUCGGGGCCACCCCUUACCCAGCAGGGGUAGUUGCGAGCAGCCCCUGGCAGCUCGGUCGCGGCCGGAGACGCAGUCCCUCUUCAGCCAGCGGCUGCUGCAUUUUCCCGCAGGGCCUCCACUCUGCCGGCUGGUGCCCGGAAUCUCCUGUGCCGAGUGGCCUGGCCUCUCCAGUGUGAGUGUGUCUGUAGAGAAGCCAUCGCCCUUUUUUCCUCUUUUUGGUUAACCCUCAUCCCAGGAUUCUUUCUUCCCAUUGAUGUUUA